UCCCUCCAGCAGCAGAGAGCUUCAUUUUCUCAUCUGCUUUUGUGCUAAAAUGGAGGCUGGCCCCUUACCUUAAGUGGAUUGCCUUCCUGGUCGAGUUUAGAUGUUGACAUGCAAUAAAGCUGGAAUCAGGAUGGUUGUGGAUGCACCUAAUUCCAAUGGGCCUUUCCAGCCGGUGGCUCUAAUGCACUUCAGAGARUGUGCUCCGGCGGAGCAGGAGAAGCUGUUUGUGCAGAAGCUGCGCCAGUGCUGUGUGCUCUUUGACUUCCUGUCAGACCCACUAAGUGACCUGAAAUGGAAGGAAGUGAAGCGGGCGGCGCUGAGCGAGAUGGUGGAGUACAUCACGCACAACAGGAACGUCAUCACAGAGCCCAUCUACCCAGAGGUGGUGCACGUGUUUGCGGUGAACAUGUUCCGAACGUUGCCUCCGUCGUCCAACCCCACAGGAGCAGAGUUCGACCCCGAGGAGGACGAGCCUACGCUUGAGGCUGCAUGGCCACAUCUCCAGCUCGUCUACGAAUUUUUCCUUCGGUUUUUAGAAUCUCCUGACUUUCAACCGAACAUAGCAAAGAAGUACAUCGACCAGAAGUUUGUGAUGCAGCUUUUAGACCUGUUUGACAGUGAAGACCCGCGGGAGAGGGACUUCCUGAAAACAACUCUCCACAGGAUAUAUGGGAAGUUCCUGGGACUACGGGCCUACAUCAGAAAACACAUCAAUAAUAUAUUUUAUAGGUUUAUCUACGAGACUGAGCACCAUAAUGGAAUAGCAGAAUUACUGGAGAUACUUGGAAGUAUAAUCAAUGGGUUUGCCUUACCACUAAAAGAGGAGCACAAGAUAUUCCUUUUAAAGGUCCUGUUGCCUUUGCACAAAGUCAAAUCACUUAGUGUCUACCAUCCGCAGUUGGCAUACUGUGUGGUGCAGUUUCUAGAGAAGGACAGCACUCUCACUGAACCAGUGGUCAUGGCCCUUCUGAAAUACUGGCCCAAGACUCACUCCCCCAAAGAGGUGAUGUUCCUUAACGAGCUGGAAGAGAUUCUAGACGUCAUCGAGCCGUCCGAGUUCGUCAAGGUCAUGGAGCCACUGUUCAGGCAGCUGGCCAAGUGUGUGUCCAGCCCACACUUCCAGGUAGCAGAGAGGGCUUUGUACUACUGGAACAACGAGUACAUCAUGAGUCUGAUCAGCGACAACGCAGCCAAGAUCCUCCCCAUCAUGUUCCCGGCGCUCUACCGCAACUCCAAGACCCACUGGAACAAGACCAUCCAUGGUCUCAUCUACAAUGCUCUCAAGCUCUUCAUGGAGAUGAACCAGAAGCUCUUUGAUGACUGCACACAGCAGUUCAGAGCAGAGAAAAACAAAGAGAAGGCCAAGUCAAAAGACCGGGAAGAGGCCUGGAUCAAGAUUGAGAACCUUGCCAAAUCCAACCCACAGGUGUGUGUGUGUUCUCUUAUCCGUGUUGAUUCCACUGGCCUCAACGGUCCAGUAGCAAUGGAGUUUGAUGGUCCAUUAACCUAUGAAGAAGUUCARAGGUUAAAAAAGACUGUAACGGAAGAAGUCGCUCAGUUACGAACGAGAGACCAGAGGAAAGACCGGCCUAUGGUGCGGCGUAAGUCUGAUCUCCCUCAGGACAUCUACACCGCAAAAGCCUUGGAGACCCAUCGCCGAGCCGACGUCAUGAUCACUACCCGCGAUGGGCUCUAGGUCUGCCCCUUUCUCUCUAGUGUCCAUUUCCAUCUUCUCUCUUUCCUCUAGUGUCCAGUCCCCUCUUCUCGCUUUCCUCUAGUGUCCAGUCCCCUCUUCUCUCCACCCUCAUCCACACAGCACAUUCAGAUUACUGGCCCAGUUUCCUCAUCGUCGCCAGUACACAACCCCCCCCCCUGGAUUUCUGCUUUCUCAGGUUGGGAGGGGUGGGGCCGCAACUUUCUUUUUUAGUCUUGCCAACAUUUUUUUUGUUGUUGCUUAAUCGUGCAUAAAACAGUAUCGGCUCAUCCCUCCAGGUUCUUACUGUACGAAUGAAAAUGGGGGAAGUUCCGUUCCACUAGUGACAUGACAAGCUCCUAUGUUCCCCCGUUGAGCGCAGUUGGUAGAAUGCACAACAAACGUAGAGAGCAGAAACAGAAUGGGGGGGGGCUCCUCUCGUUUCCUCUUAUGUCAUUUUCUGUCAAGGGGAAACAAAACUAAGAACAGCCGUUCGGGGAUGACUGUUGGAUCGACUUUUCGGGACGUUUUGUUUCUUCUCUAGUUUUAAUUUUUUUUAAAUUUUGUUUAAUCCCAGGGACAUUUGCCAGUGCCAAGACCGUUUGUGUUCUUUCUGUGUCCGUGUUUUUCUGUGUGAGAGAAACCAGGAUGACUAUCUAGGUAGACAGCCUGCGUCGUUUGCCUUUGUUUUUUGGAGCCUCAGAUGAUUCAAUUGUUGUUUUUUUCAUUAAUAAGAUGAAGAGCAACAGGACUUUCUGAAGUGACUGAUCCAUCUGUUCUGAUGAAGUCACUUUAUGACUAGGAUGGAGGGAGGACGGGAGGUUCUCUGUGGACACUGGACUCUUUACACUCUACACUUUUGUGCCAUGCACAUUCUUUCGUUGGAUUGAUUUUCCCUUCUGUUGAAGUCCAUUGGCAAUAUGUGAGCCAGAUCACAAUGAAAUAUUGACAGUUCAAACAAUGGUACUUAUUUCAUACUGAGAAACACAUUGGGUGUUUGUUAGUCCGCACCCAGUUUGUCAUAUUCAAAAGCCCUUCUUAGACAUGUCAGUUUCCGUAAUUCAUACAUAAUGCAUGUCCCCAGUUCUUACUGCUAUUGGGAAGCUUCAUUUAACUCUCAAUGGCCAGCUAGGAAGUGUUUGGUUUGACACAGUCCAUCAAGACACCUGUAGCCACACACACUGUAAUGCUACAUUAUGCAGAACAUUCCAGAAACGUUCCAACUGAAAUGACAUUAUGACACUUUACCUGGGGGUGUCAGUUUGAGGAAGGCGAGGUGCAGAAUUACUCAUCUCGAUCACAUAAGUUGUUAUUUGGGAUGCAGGAUGAUGAUGUAGAACUGUGAUUCUGCGCAGCCCGACUAAUGAAGUCCUUCUCAAACGCACAUCUUGUCCUCAGAUGCAGGCUUUUCAGAAGCCCUGGAGCUGCUUGCUAGUCAAGCAUCGUCCUCCAUUCGUUCCAGAGGUACCCAUGAUAUCCCAUGCCCUGAAACCCCCCCCCCCCCCAGCGUUCUCACGUUUCCCCGUGGUGGUUUUUACCAGUCCCCUCCUACCCAGAGGUACCCAUGAUAUCCCAUGCCCUGGAGCCCCCCCCCCAGCGUUCUCACGUUUCCCCGUGUUGGUAUUUACCAGUCCCCUCCUACCCAGAGGUACCCAUGAUAUCCCAUGCCCUGAAGCCCCCCCCCCCAGCGUUCUCACGUUUCCCCGUGUUGGUUUUUACCAGUGCCCUCCUACCCAGAGGUGCUUUGCUGUGGAGCUGAAAGGACUGUUACUCGUCUUGUGUGAAAUACUGAACAAAUGGGGAUCAGAGAGCCGUUUAUCGAAUGGAGGAAUAUUACACGAUGAGAACAGCAACACUGUUUGGAUGACAACCAUUUCARGUGACAGUUGAAUGAGCAUAGAAAGAGGGGAUUUCAAACCUGAAUCCCUCUUUGGAUGACAUCUGUAACCGUUAAGAAGAAGUCUAUUGAAAAAGCACUUCCUGAAACUUGAUAGAUGUGACAUGUUUGUGUAUCUUCAAUGAAGCGCUCUUCAGUGUCCCGUUUUGUCUAUAUGUACAGUCUGUUCUGCUUUUUCAAGGUCAGGAAGCUGUCCAAUUCCUGGACUGGACAAGGAAAGGACCCAUAAGUAAGCAUUUCAGUGUUAGUCCACACCUGUUGUUUACGAAGCAUGUGACGAAUACAAUUUGAUUUGAUUGGGGCCCCAUUGUAAAUGUUAGUCUUUCUCUGGUACCAUUGUUUGAACUUGCAAAUCUAGCACGUGUAUCCAAUCUGUAAUGUCUUUUCUGUUUCUAGUCCCUGGCAACUGGUAGCCUGGAUGCUAGUUUUAGCAUUGUAGCUGCCAAUGGAAAAGGCCAAUGUUGAAAGACUGACAUCCAGGCUUGGCUUGGUAACUGCAUUAUUAAUAGUUAAAUGCAAAAAGGUGUUCAUUUAACUACCAUGUAUCUUUUGUCUUGGACGAAUGGCACUCGCCGAAACAAUUUGACCCCCCCCCCCAAAAAAAAAAAUCUUUGCUUUUAUAUAACAGUAUCAUUUGGAAAGAUGUUUGAUCAGUUAGCUUUUUAUUUGUUGUUCAAACUGUUUUUUUGUGUGUUUUUUUAAAGACACACAAAUUACUCGUAUGGCAAGUUAGACAACAAAUGUUUUGGAUUGUUUUCCGGAAUUCUUAGAUGGAACAUGUACUUUCCAGAAUAUAAUAACUUGACAAGUGUCCUUUUGUCUGUGAUCUGUACUAUGUGGCUUCAUUUAAUAUUGUACAUAUGAUUUACUUUGUUUUAUGUAGUGUUAUAUCUAGAUUAAUUUUGUACAAAAUUGUCRUCUGUACAGAAUAAAAAUCAAUAGCAAUGACAAAGUCAAUGUGGCACAUACAUUCUCUUUCCCCUGUAACUUUCUGCAUUAUUAGAAAUAACACGUCUAAUAUUUUCUUUUGUUCCCUCUUCCAAUUAUCUGUGACCAGAUUUCAGUCCGUAGCCUUUUGUGUGCUUUUAUCACAAUCUCAAGUGGUGUUCAUCUGUAAUAGAAUGAAUAAAGAUAAUAUUUGAAUUUUA